GGUGGGGAAUGAUCUUGCUUCCUGUCAAGAUGGCCGCGCCCGUCUUGAUCACGUGGCUGCAUCAAAAGUGAAGCGCUGCAAUUCCGAGUUAUCCGCGAUUUGUGCUUUUUUGUUUCCUGGAGGACCGCUUCUAUCAUGAAUGACACUGCUCAGGAGAAUAAAAGCAAAGGGCUGAAAUUUGCAGAGAAGCAAUUGAAGAAGCAUGGCUGGAAGAAAGGCAAAGGACUUGGGAAGCGAGAAAAUGGGAUCUCUGAAGCCAUAAAGGUCAAAGUCAAGUGUGACUCAGCUGGGGUGGGCCACAACCCAGCUGAGCAAUUCACCUUCCAUUGGUGGGACCACCUCUUCAAUUCAUCUGCUGCUAACAUUGCUGUGGAGACUGGGCAGGAUGGUGUCAAAGUGAAAAAAGUAUCUGAGCAAGAUGGAGUGAUAACAAAUAAAAAGCCCCGUAAAGCACAUGGGGAGAAGAACUUGGUCUAUGGGCGCUUUGUGAAGGCAGCCACAUUGACAUCUGGCGGAGAAGAGCCUGUAUACGUCGUCUCCUCUUCAGACAGCGACAAAGAGGAUGAAGAUGACCGACUGGACCUAUCUACAGCCAGGAGGCUGACUGAUGAAGAGCUGGUCCAGGCCUGUGGGGGAAGAACAGCCCAUAAAGGGGCUCGGCAUGGCUUAACCAUGACUGCAAAACUGGCACGGCUGGAGGAACAGGAAAAAGCUUUCUUGGCUCGCUACGUCCAGCAAAAGGGAGAAAAGCAGGAGGCAACUGAGGCUGCUUUGAAUGGCAGCAGCCCACAGCAAAAGAAAGCCAAGAAAUGCAAAGAACAAGAAGGCAAGGCUGCGAUUCAUGAGAGCUUGGAAGUGAGAGUAGGUGAGGAUCCCCGGGAAGAGCAAGAGGAGGAGAAAUCCAACAAGAAGAAGAAGAAGAAGAAGAAAAGGAAGCACCGGGAGGAUGGAGAAAGCAAUAAAGGACCGUUGCUAGAAAUUGCAGAGAAAUGGACAGAAAUGGCCAGUCACAGAGGGAAGCCAAAGAAGAAAUCAAAAUGAAAGUGGGGCGAUAGCAAUGGGAUUUGUGGUGGUGGUCUUCUGCUGGCUGAAAUUCUUAGAGCCCAGUUCCUCCUGGAUCCUGUCUCGCUGCUGUCCCACAUUAGAAACUUGCUGUGUCAACGGCACCCUCUAGCCUAAGCUCAUUUGUGCACUUGCUGACACAGAGAGAAGCAGGGGGUUGUAUCCAGCGAAUCCCUUUUGCAAAGGGAACAGACCUCCCCUGGCUCUGGUCAAAACCUGCUCUAGGAGGUUAGGUAAAUGGGUAUUAAAAAUGUAACAGUGCAUGGCUCAAUUUUGCUUGGAAGGUGAAGAAACAGCACUGCUACAUCACACCUAAAGUCCCAAACUGGGUCCCAUUCACACCAUACAUUUAAAGCACCACGAUGCCACUUUAAACAGUCCUGAUGGCUUACUACAAAUAAUCAUGGACGUAGUAGGUUUUUUUUAAUGGGUGCUGGGUGUUAGGAGACACUGAUUCCCUUCCUAGAGCUACAGUUCCCAGUGUGGUUUAACAAUCGAUCCCUCUUCCAUGAGAACACUGGUAGGGGAAUGGUGGUCUCUUAACAAACUCAGUACCCUUGACAACCACCUACUCCCAGAAUUCUUUGAGGGAAGCCAUGACUGUUUCAAUGGCUUCGGUCCAGUAUACCUGAAGGAGCGUCUCCACCCCCAUCAUUCUGCCCGGACACUGAGGUCCAGUACCGAGGGCCUUCUGGCGGUUCCCUCAUUGCAAGAAGCCAAGUUGCAGGGAACCAGGUAGAGGGCCUUCUCGGUGGUGGCGCCUGCCCUGUGGAACGCCCUCCCAUCAGAUGUCAGAGAGAAAAACAGCUACCAGAUUUUUAGAAGACAUCUGAAGGCAGCCCUGUUUAGGGAGGCUUUUAAUGUUUAAUUGUUUUAUUUCAUUUUUCUGUUGUAAGCCGCCCAGAGUGGCUGGGGAAACCCAGCCAGAUGGGCGGGGUAUAAAUAAUAAAUUAUUAUUUAAAUGGGUGAAUAUGGGUUACAUCCAGCGUUAGUCCUAGUGAGAUCAACAGACACAACUUAGGUCUACUAAUUUAAAUGAAUCUGCUCCGAGUGGGACAAAUGUUGGCUACAACCCCCGCUUUUCAUAAUGGCCAUCUACUGGCCACUGAGAAGCCCAGAAGUAGGCUAUCAAGGCAUUAGCCCAACAGGGACCUUUGAUGUAGCCCAGGGGUUCCCAACAAAAUUUUCUCGAGGACCCCUCAUCGAGCCGCUAUUGUGACAAGGACCCCCAUUAAUUCCUAAUCCUAAAAUUAAAAAGUGAGAGCCAAAUUAAGAGUCUUUUUAUAUUUUAUAUUUAUACGUUUUUUACAGUUCUUCCUCUUCAUCUGUAGGCCUUUGUCGUUUUAACGAACCACUUUUUAACCAACGGUCCAUUUUUAACUACGCGAACUGUAGCUUCCGCGAAAAACAAUGCUUUGUUUACAAACACUACUGUUUUGCAAAGAGGCAGCGCGCGCCAGGGAGGAGGGAGGGGAAUGGAGAAGACAGGGUACCUGCGCAGUAGCGCACAAAUGAAGCCGACGCGUGCAAAGCAUCUUGGGGAGGUGAGCAUUAGUAGAAUGCGCGCGCUGCCUCUUUGCAAAACAGUAGUGUUUGUAAAGCACCACCUAACGGCAUACAGCAGAACUACUGCCUCUAUCUAAUUCUAGUUUUGCGCUAGACUCUGCUCAUGCAGGAAGCGGCCAAAACAAAAAAUCUGUUAUCAUACGAAAUAUAUUUAAUAUAUUUUUUAUUCUAAUAGCAUCUUGCGGACCCCUCUGGCAUAGCUCGCGGACCCCUGGGGGUCCCCAGACCACCUGUUGGGAACCACUGAUGUAGCCAAUAUCCAGCAGAGAGACUUUCCUCCUCCACACACAAGUCCAGUGUUUCUGCUUUCCCAUUUCUUGUGUGCAGCAAGUGUAGAGUUCUGGCAUGGAGCUGCCCCAACUGAAGGAGCUGGACUGGAUUGGCCCAUG